AUGAGCCUAACAUCACGGUUAUCGAGUUGGUUCUCUCAAGACAGCUCCAUCGGGACCUCUCUGGAGGCGCAGCACAAUGAUGGAUAUGCGGCAUCCGACUUUGAUAUCGACGGCGCACGACAGAUUAAGCGGCCGCGUACAAUGGAGAGAUUGGCGGAGGAGGAAGUCGACCUGGAUCUGAAGAGGCCCCCAUACAUCCACUCGAUGCUUGCUGGGGGAAUAGGCGGCACGACGGGCGACAUCCUUAUGCAUUCACUCGAUACAGUCAAGACGAGACAACAAGGAGACCCUCAUUUUCCACCGAAGUACGCCUCGUUAUCCGAUUCCUACGUCAAGAUCUUCCGGCAAGAGGGGGUACGGAGAGGACUCUACGGAGGCUUCACCGCGGCCAUGCUGGGGUCAUUUCCUGGCACAGUCAUAUUCUUCGGGGCAUAUGAAUACUGCAAGCGACAUAUGCUAGAUCGAGGAGUCAAUCCGUCAAUAUCAUACCUCGCAAGUGGGUUCAUUGCCGACCUUGCUGCAUCCAUCGUAUAUGUUCCCUCGGAAGUCCUCAAGACUCGACUGCAGCUACAAGGUCGAUACAACAAUCCUUUCUUCAACUCGGGGUAUAAUUACAAGUCAACAUGGGAUGCGGCAAGGACAAUUGUCCGGAUCGAGGGGUUUGGAGCGCUGUAUUCGGGUUACAAAGCAACAAUCGUCAGGGACUUGCCUUUCUCAGCUCUGCAGUUCGCCUUCUACGAGCAAGAGCGGAGGUUCGCCCAGCAGUGGCAGGGAACGAAUGAUAUUGGCCUGUGCUUCGAGGUCGUGACCGCGGUCUCUGCUGGCGGCGCCGCGGGAGUUAUAACGUGCCCGCUCGAUGUGGUCAAAACGAGAACACAGACCCAGAUCUCGCCCGAUCCGAACAAGACCAGCCAGGCCUCCCGCUUGGAGAAGGAGAAGACUCUGAAGAGCAGCCCCAAGGCGGCAGGCAAGACGCAAACGCGGCUCAUACAUUCUGGACCUCGCACCGUCCCACACCACACGCCAACGCUUGAUACUUCCUCGGUCAUAGAGGGUCUCCGACUGAUUUACAACACCGAAGGGGUCGCCGGCAUGUUCCGCGGAGUCGGUCCUAGAUUUGUGUGGACAAGCGUGCAGAGCGGAACGAUGCUUGUCCUGUAUCAAUAUUUGCUGAAACAGAUGGAGUGGUACCAGUCAGAAGACGGGUCUGGAGUGAUAUGA